UGAGGCGGGUUCGGUGGAGACCUCUUCUGGCGCAGCAGGGCCAACGGCGACUGAGGAGAUGGUGGCAACUGUUGAUCCACUGCAGCACGUGGAGGCGGUGGCUGUCGCGUGGGGCGCGGAGGACGAGCUGAUGCAGUGGACGCCGCUGCGGUACGCUGCGGAACGUCGGCGCUGGAGAGCAGUGGUUGCUCUCCUGGACAUGGGUGCCGAGCUGCACCACCUCGGAGACUUCCAGCGUGACCAGCACGAUCCUGAAGAGCUGUGGGAUAUUUUCAACAGAUACGGCUACAGUGCGCUGUUUCGUCACGUACUUGACAAGAAGUACAAGUCGAUGUGGAGUUCGCAGACGGUGAAAAAGCGAGUCGAAAAGCAUUUAGAGGCUGGAGUGUCUGUCGUCUGUGCAGGGAUGUCUUUAGACCAGUAUAAUAAUAUCCUGUCUGAAGGCAAAAUCCAAUUUAAAUCUGCGCAUACAGUUUCUUCCGUCCGUGAAGAGAAGUCUUUACAAGAGUAUAUGAAAAUGCUGUAUGAAGGCGCAAUCCAUUUUGAUACUGAGAUCUUGAAGCUACUUACGUUUAAAGUAGAAGACCUGAAGAGAAAUUCAACAACUGUUGAGUCUCCAGCAUUGGAGAUGCACCAGGGCGCCAGUGGAAGGAGUCGACUGGACAAGAGCAGACGGGUGCCUCUUCGUGAAGAGGGGUUUGGCAACAGCGCACUCCAGCAGCUGACAGCAGCAGGCGACGGAGUCGUGCGCGUCAACGCAGUUGGUGAGGCGACGUUGCACGAAGCGGCAAGAAGAGGCGACUGCGAACGUGUAAGGCAACUGAUCGGAACCGGAGCCGGCGUCAAUGCGCAGAACAAUCGGGGUGAAUCAGCGAUACAUUUGGCAGCAAAAUCUGGUAAGGUGGAAUGUAUAAAAUUGCUACAUUCUGCGGGUGCUGACGUCAGUGUGAGAGACAAGAAAGGCAGAACUCCGCUGCACUGUGCGGCAGCGAUCGGCAGAGCCCAGAGUGUGGAGCUACUGCUGGAGGCUGGCGCAGACGCCCUCGCACAGGACUCUGAAUGCUGCACGCCACUGCACGUGGCAACCAUCAGGAGGAACGCAGAAUGUGUCAGGUUGCUGGCCAAUGCAGUCGAAAACCUGGAGUCGGCAGAUGCGAAUGGCUUCACAGCGCUGCACUAUGCUGCACGGAAUGGCGACGAGGAGUGUUUGGAACACCUGUUAAGUGCAGGCGCUCACCACAGUCCAGUGAGUGACAUCCUGGACACACCUCUGCACCUGGCGGCGGACAGAGGCAACGCAGAGUGCGUGAGGCAGCUGGUGCAAGCGGAAGCGGACGUGACGGCGAAGAACGCUGACGGUUUCACCGCGCUGUAUUUCGCCGGACGGAGAUGCAGCCCAGACUGUCUGAGGCACCUCCUGAAAGGAGGCGCAGACAUCCGGGAGAAGGACGGUUUUGGUAGGACAGCGCUACACUGGGCGGUGAAAGGAGGCUCUCCAGCCUGCGUCAGGGUACUGCUGGAAGAAGGAGCUGAUGUGGACGAGAGAGACAACAAUGGUGACACUGCUCUGCACGAGGCGGCGCGCACAGUCACGCCCGUGUGUGUCAGGCAGCUGGUGGACGCGAAGGCGGACGUGGCAGCGAGGAACGCCGACGGAAAGACGGCGCUGCACUUGGCCGCGCAGGUCGGCUACCUCGGCUCUGUGAUGGACCUCCUCGAGGCGGGCGCAGAUGCCCAGGCGAAGGAUGAUGCCGGUAGGACACCGCUACACUGGGCGACAGAAGGAGGCCCUACGGCUUGCGCCAGGGUACUGGUGGAGGCAGGAGCUGACAUGAACCAGAUAGACAACAAUGGUGAUACACCACUGCAGUUAGCCUUCGGUUACAGUGACAAUGAGAUUAUGAAGAGUCUUUGGGAUUCUGUACUGAAUGUGGGAGACCGUUGCUCGAGCCCAGGGCAGGCAUCGAACGAGUGAAUCAAGAUGGUCACAUGGCACCCUACUUUACUGCCGGAUCUGGUCGAGGAGCGUGCGUCAGGCUAUUGUGUGAAGCUGAGACUUACUCUGAAACAGCAUCGAGCAGUUGGUGUCCGUGACACAGCCAAUAUUCACGUACAGAAUGUCGAGGGCGUCACUCCACUGCACUAUGCAGCACGGUCUAGUUCUAUGCACUGCGUAAAAAAUCACCUCGAGGAUGGAGCAAUAGUCUGAGUAAACGACAAGUCUCGUAUCACAUUUCUACAUCUUGCUGCCAGCUAUAGUGGCACUUUUUUAGAUUGAUUAGAUUAGAUAUUUUUUCGUUCCAUAGAUCCGUGAUGAGGAGAUCCUCGUGGAUGUGGAACAUGUCAAUUUUUUAAAAAAAGGUGAAAUAAUAAUACUAAUAGUAUGAAUAUAUACAUACAUCAUUUGUUUCUAUUAAAAAAUUCGUCAAUGGAGUAGAAGGAGUUGGCCACUAGUAAGUCUUUCAGUCUCCUUUUAUACUGAUCUUUAUUUGUAACUAAAUUUUUUAUGUUUGCUGGAAAAUUAUUGAAGAUGUGUGUUCCUUAGUAGUGGACCCCUUUUUGAACUAAAGUAAGUGCUUUUAAGUCCUUGUACAGAUCUUUUUUGUUCCUGGUAUUGUAUGUAUGAACUAAGCUGUUUGUUGGAAAAAGAGAUAUAUUAUUUAGGACAAAUUUCAUUAAGGAGUAAAUAUACUGAGAGGCAGUAGUUAGUAUACCCAGUUCUUUGAAGAGGUUUCUACAGGACGUCCGUGAAUUUACUCCACAAACAGUACGUAAUACACGCUUUUGAACUCUGAAAACUUUUGUUUGGCUGAUUGUAGAGGCUGCAGCUAAUUUACAACUGCAAAAUAUUGACGGUUGCUCAUCAUUGCUAAGUGCUAUGCUGAGAAGCAACGAAUAACGACUUGAACUGCAACUCAAAGGUUGACAGGCGAAUGUGCCGCAGCCAUUGGUAGUGUCGAGACCAUUCGGGUUCUGGUAAGGUAGGUGCUACUGUGGAGGUUGUAACCUACUCUUCUGUACAGGGAUAGAAAUAAUAUUUAAAACUGUUCAGCAAACCUGAAUGGUGAACAGUGAUGUGGUCUGUGUAAAUAAUUAUCAGUUCUUUGAGAACGCGAAAAAGGGGUGAAUUCACAUAGUAAAAUUGUAUACUAUUUAUCUUUAUCACUGUUUUGUACAUUUCUCCGUGUUUCCCACUGGCAUAAUAUAUCUAGAAGUAUGUUUCAUGUUUGGUGAGGAAAGAUCGAGGAUAGUGAUUUUUGUUACACGUCUGCUUAAAUGAUUUGUUGUAAGUUUUAGUCAUGAUUAUUUCCUUAUUUUAAUACUUAGUUUUGGACGACACACCAUAGCACUCAGAUACUGAAAGACAAAACGAUUCUAUAAAAAUGUUAGCAUUGUCAUCACAUUGGCUCACGGCAUACAGUCCUCAACAAAAAGUAAUAAACACUUGCCUCACAACGACAGAAAACCCGCCGCUAACCACACAGCUCAGCGAUAUAUUUUGCCACACUAAGAUAUUGUUUGAGAUCGAUAUACACAAAGACAAUGUUAUGUGUAAUUUAUAACUCUGAUAAUUGACAUUAUAAAUUUCGUAAGUAAUCGUAGAAAAAUUCUAGAGGAAACAAUAAU